CCCUGUUUCACUCUCCUUUUUUCUCGUGUUCCCUUUUCUUUCUUUCCUUGUUCUUCCUCUCCCGAAUCUCCAUUCCUGCUCCAACGCUUGUCAUUCCUUUUUUUGUUCUGCCGAGAUUGUCCAACAAUGACCGUAGCUUCUUCAAGCAGCGGAAGCAAGGACGACGACUACCCAGAGUCACCUACGUUACCUGCUGAAGGUGGUCCUGACGAGCUUUCGAUCCAAGAGCUUCGCUUGAUGACUGCAGCCAACCGACCGCAACGGUCUGUUUCCACGCCAACGACAUCUCGCACGACAAUGUACAGCACCAAUAGUACUAACAGCAGCAGCAGCAGUAGCAACGGAUCCUUAUCACACAAGCCAUCCACUUCUUCCAAGCAUGCGCGUACGUUUGAUGCCAUGACUAGUCCAACGUUUCAACCUUCACUGUCAUCCACACCCGAAGUGAUACCCCGUCGUACCUCGACACCCAAUGUGAGCUACCGGAAAAAGAAAGUGCAAGGUGAAGAUUCGACCGUGAAAGGCGGCGACCAUCUUCAUCAUCAUCACCAUCACCAUAACUUACAGCAGCACCGUACGCUGCGCGUGGUAGCAGAUCAUGUUGCAGCAGCGCUCGAACUCACUCGAACCAACGCCAAUGUUCGCCCUGCACCAGCUGCAGGCAUGUACUGGUCGCGGUGCGUCACGUAUGGAGUCAAAAAAGACGCACCACCUUUACGUGCUCAUUCAGCGUGCAUCGUACAAGACCGAUUGUUUGUUUACGGUGGAUCAGAUAGCAAGCGCUGCUAUAAUACAUUACAUAUUCUAGAUAUGGAAAGCAUGACUUGGUCCAAACCCGUUGUAUCUGGUCGGUUGCCUCCGCCUUCACGUGCACACUCGUGCAAUUAUGUCGAGAGGAAAGUAGAGAACGGCAGCAUACGACGUGAAUUGUAUGUCUUUGGCGGUGGUGAUGGACCGUAUUAUUUUAACGACGUCUAUGUGUUUGAUACAGACAAGCUACGAUGGUCGAAACUCACAACGACCGGAACGCCGCCCAUGCCUCGACGUGCCCACACCUGUAAUGUGUGGAAAGAGUCUUUGGUUGUAGUCGGAGGUGGUGACGGAGCGCACGCGCUGGCCGACGUGCACAUGCUCGACCUUACUGAGGAUCCGCCACAUUGGUCGUUGGUUACGACUACGGGCACGCCACCGCCCGAGCGUGGAUACCACACUACAACGCUCGUGAAGAAUAAGCUCGUCGUCUAUGGCGGCAGCGACGGGAAAUUAUGUUUUAGCGAUGUUUAUCUUUUUGAUUUGGAGACAAGCCAUUGGACGCAGAUUGAUACGCUGGAUCGUACCAUACCGCGUCUAGCGCAUUCAGCAACCCUAGUAGGCAGCUACUGUUUCUUCCUUGGAGGGCAUGAUGGGUCGAAAUAUUCUAAUGAAGUUCUUAUGCUGAAUCUUGUGUCAAUGAACUGGGAGUUGCGUACAGUCUAUGGCACACCAUUUACUCCCCGAGGAUACCACACUGCCGUCUUGCACGACUCUCGCCUCUAUGUGCUAGGAGGAUACAACGGAAAGAAUGUCUUUGAUGAUGUUUACAUCUUGGAACUCGCUGCAUGUGCUUAUUUGAGUCAGAUCACAAACUUUGAGCUGGAACCUCCUAUAUCAGACAGAGCCGUCGACGACUUACAGUAGAGACAAAAAAAGAAACUAUAAUAUGAAUUUUUUUAAUAUAUACUAAUGACUUUCUCUUCAUCCGCAUUUAUUUCGACGUUUUUUGUUUCUUAUUGUUGCUGUUGUUGCCACUUGGUGUUUCUUCUUCUUCUUCUUCUUCUUCUUCUUCGUACUCCUCCUUGGAUGUGUCCAUGUUUUCAUUGUUGGCUGCCAUGCGGCUUGUUAAAUAUUGA